AUGGAGAUCGAGACUCAGCAGAGGGCGUGGGAGGGAGGCCGCCUAGUGCAAUCGGCCUCGGAGAGUAGUAGGAAGCUUGACUAUGAGGCGGAAGCGCGUUUGGUGGCGGAGGCGAGAGCUGCGUGGGAGAGGAGGGCAAAGGGGGAGGUGGAGGAUGACGACGAGGACGAUCCUGAGAUGCUGUUGGACUACCAUGCUUACCGGGCUAGAAAGUUCCGCGACACCUGGAACUGCCUCUAUUUCGGCUACUGCGGUUCCUUCGAGGACACCACAAAGAUCCCGUCCAUGCGUUUUACAGACAAGCCGCCUCAGCAGCGCUACUCUGCACACCCGUGCGCUACUCUGCAGAUCUUUUCAGUCAAAGUAGCAGGGAGAAGGAGAAUGGGGAGUUUACAGUGGCCACUCCAUGUGUUUGGGAAGAUUGCCCUGCGUGACUCAGUUGAUCACAAUCGCAAUACGAUCUUUGACCGCACAAGAGACAACUGCCAAAUUCUUAUGCAAGAGGUCCCCAAUUUGAAACUGACAGGUCCUACCCGUGCUGUUCUGCUGACGGAUCCUGUGACCUUCGAGGUUGAUUUGAAAGUGAAGGGCUGUACUGAAUCUGAGGAUCAAGACUUGAGCUAUUUAGCAGUACCAUUCUUGAACAUGAUCCCACUUGACUCUUGCCUGCGUAAAAUAGGUUACAACAGCAAGCUUAGCACACUUUGGUUUGCUGUUGGCAUUAUUGUUUACUCAUUGGAGGCCACAAUCAGUGUGCGAGUUAGUGGUGGGUCAUGGCAAGAUGGUUUUCAUGCCCAGAUUGCAGCCCAUACAGUCAGUAUAGGUUGCGAGGAACUUAUCUUACUUGAUUCUGGGGAUGAUAAUGUGCCUGUUGCUGGUGACGGUGCUAUCACGCUCUCACGUUGUGUAGCAUCUGUUGAAGUGAAUGGGGAGCUUGUGGUUUCUGUCAGGGCAUGGCAAGGUGAUGAAGUUGUGCACAGAGAGAGGGGUUUCAAACCUAAAAAGGCUGGAAGAAGUUGUGGCACUCUUGAUAUUGGCUUCUGCCAAAUGGAUGUCUCCGUGGCCUGGUCGCUUGUUUCCUCAUACCGGGGGGAUGAGUGA